AUGGCGAACUCCAAAUACGCUUAUGUGCGCAACUUUGAGCUGCCGGACCCCCUUCUCCCUGGCACUUUCAUCCUGUUUCGCCUCGAUGGGCACUCAUUCCAUCGAUUCGCAGACAAGCACAAAUUCACGAAGCCGAAUGAUGUCCGCGCCCUUGAACUGAUGGAUCACGCCGCUAAAGACGUCGUGGAAGAAUAUCCUGACAUUGUCCUGGCGUUCGGAGAGUCAGACGAGUUUAGCUUUCUCCUCCGAAAGUCCACCACGCUAUACAAUCGUCGGCAGUCCAAAAUCGUCUCAACUUUAACGUCGCUAUUCACCUCGUGCUACGUGUUCCAUUGGCCGAAGUACUUCCCCGAUACUCCACUUCAGUACCCGCCUUCUUUCGAUGGCCGGAUUGUGCUCUACCCAACCGAGAAACACGUACGAGACUACUUUGCGUGGAGACAGGCUGAUACACACAUCAACAAUCUCUAUAACACAACGUUUUGGGCUCUGGUUCAGCAAGGCGGACAAACCACGACCGAAGCACAUGCUGCGCUGCGGGGAACACUCUCCAAGGAGAAGCACGAAAUCCUCUUCUCUCGUUUCGACAUAAACUAUAACGACAUCGACGCGAGGUAUCGGAAAGGCAGCGUUUUGUUCCGUGAAGAGAUACCUGAAGAUCCACAAGGCGGCACAAAUCCCUCGUCAGGACACAAAUCCAUUGUUAUUGAGAAACGGCCAUCGAAGACAGAAGAGAAGACGGAAUCAUCCGUGACAAACGAAGCUCAGGGCGAAGCUUUACCAACAGAAGGAGCCACACAGAACCAAAAGACAAAAAAAGCCAAAGAAAAGCGCAAGCAGCAGCAACCUUCCAGAAUAGCUAUCCAGCACUACGACAUCAUUAAGGACGAGUUUUGGGAUACACGGCCCGACAUUCUGGCCGAUUGA